ACUCCUACACUCCACUUCAUGUAUAGCUCUCCUCAAUUUGAUGGCCAGUUACCCGGAGAUAUAUUUUCCGAGCCUACGUUCGAUAAGAAUCUUGAGGAUGAUUCUUUCGAAGGAGUUUUUGUUGAGAAUGACCCUGUUGAGCCGGCUAUGGGACCAACUACACCAGUUGAUACACCCCCAGCCGUUACACCUCCACCACCCCCAGUGACUCAAGAGGGUAUGAAUACUAUUUAUUUACUCUUCAAGGUCUUUUUCUGACGGUUUUAUCUUUUUUUUUUAUCAUGCAGGGCCUUCUUCUCGUCUUCAUAUUCUGGCGAGGGAGUUGUUAUCUGAUGAUGAUCCUGAGAAGAUUGUCAUCUGCAUAGAAGUCCGCUCCUUCUUCUCUUUCAUGAAUGCUAUGAUUGGCAAGCUUUUCCAUGGUGGACUUUCUCUUCGCCAAUUCAAGCCUUUCCUUGAUUCUAAAGUCAAUUUGAUAAGGGAAGCGGGACAUCCAGAUUUGGCACAGGCUAUAGUUGAUGACCUUGAUUGCCUAGAGCAUGAGCUUCAGAUGUUUCGUGAGCUCCGAGAUGCAGGUGCCUCCUCAUUUAUUGCUACCGAGCUGGACGCCCGCUUACAGUCAUCACGCGAGACUCGGAUUUUUGCUGAGCUCGAGAUUCAGAUGCAGCGGGGCCGAGUAGAUCGAGUUAAGACGAGCCUUGCUACUAGAUUAUCUUCGCUUGCCGAGCUUGAUCUUUCUAUUACCUCUUGUGCGACCGAGAUAGACCAGCUCAGAAGAACACUCCGUGAAAAAGAGGAGACUUUGGAUAUUCUUCAGAUGACGAAAGCACAGGAUCAGCAAACCCACACUGCUUUAUCUGAUGAGUUGAGAUCCCUGGAGCAGAAGCUAGCCGAGACAGAAGAGAUCGCUGCGAGGACUUCAGCCACCACCGAGGAUGUGAGUGUGACUUCUGAAGGGUUUAAUCCUUAUAAGCCUUGUUUGGGGGCGCAGAGGCAUCGAUUAGAUGAACUUCCCCGUGCAUUAACACGAGGAGAACGCCAAGUUAAGGACUUUGAAGAGGUUCCUCUUGAAGACUUUGGGGCUUAUGAGGGGCUGUAUGACUUCUCGGGAAUGACAGAGGCAGCUAUCGCCGUCUCCUCUAAAGAAGAAGAGGAGAGGGAGGCUAUCGACAAAUGGAGUUGUUUGUUGGUGUUCUUGCAUGCGGGGGCGUCAACCUCACCUUAA